AUGAGAUACCCGCAGCCCUUCCUCGCCCUGCUCUCGCUGUGUCUCCUCCCCGCGACCACCCUCGCCGACGACAUCACCACCGUCCCGAUUUACCUGCCGCACUACGAUGCCAAGAGCUGGUCGCUGGUGCGGGGCAGCGUACUCGCAAGUAAUGACAAGGAAACAACAUACACAAUCUUCUGCGCGCCGCAGACGCCUCCCAACUGCGACCUCGCCCUCGAGUUCCCCUUCAUCUUCGUCGAGGGCCAAUCAACCCUCCAAUUCCACGGCACAAAGACGUCAACACUCAUCGCAGACCUCGGCUGCACACUAGGCGGCACAACGGCGGCGACCUGCUCCGGCUACUCGAGCCUGAAAAAGGGCUACUCGAACGGCAUGUACACCGGCCCGACCGAGGUCUCCUGGACCUCGUCACUCACGGGCUCCGAGGUCCAAUGGGGCGUUCUCACAAUCGCCGACAAGCCCCAGCAGACGGACGACGCCACACCCACGACGCCCCCCUCCGACGGCAACUACGACGACUUCCUCUACACCGGCACCACACCCUCCGUGCCCGCCGAGACGAACCCCAGCUCCGCCGCAUCGCGCCUCGGCCUCUGCCACGCCCUAGCCGCGUCAAUAUGCACCAUGUUCGUCGCCGGCUUGAUCGCAUAG